AAAUAAUGAACAUCUUAAAACUUAUGCGACUGAGUCAUUUGUUAACACCAGCAGUAUACAGAAAUGCAUGUUUUUAGAAAAUGUGGUUAAUGAUUCAGCGCAUUAUACAGGUUUGGGGCUUUGUUGUCGUCAAGAAUGAAACAAGAUUAAUUACUGGUUGUGCUGAUAGUGAAUUGAGAGUUUGGAAAAUUCAGUACAAGGAUGAUAGAACAGAAAGACGCGAAGAAACGAGAAAACGAAAGACAGCAACGCAAUCUAGUCAGGAUGAUGUAGGGGAAAUAGAGGAAUGGCUUUCGUGUACAAUGAUUGGCUCUGUCAUGAGAAGCUCAACUGAUCGCGUACUGUCGCUGUAUUGCGAUCUUUCACGAACUUAUAUUGGUUGUCAUUACGUUAGAAAUGUUUCGUCUUGCAUCAGAAGACGAAAAAAAAAACGCUUGGCAAAAAGACGAAAAAAGAUUUUAAAGAAGCAAAGAUCUCAAGGAUUGGAAGCCGACGAGCUGACAAUUUCUGAAAACGUCUUAGCCACCGUCGAAGACGAGAUUAUAAAAUUACCCGAUGUUAAAGCGACCUCAAAGAUAAGGUCGUUUGACUUUGCAUUGAAUUCAAAUAAUGAUCUAAAGAUUUCAUUAUUACUACACAACAACAGCGUAGAGUUUCAUGUCUUCAGUGACGAAAAGAAAGAUUCGACUAAUAUACUUUCCAUAAAGACACCUGGUCAUCGUAGUGAUGUAAGGACUUUGUCAUUCAAUUCUGACGAUUCCUGCAUCCUCUCUGGCGCAGCUGAAAGUGUUAAAUUGUGGAACAGAUCGACUCAGAAAUGCAUCAGAACAAUGUCUUCUGGUUAUUGUCUAAGUGCGUUUUUUGUACCUGGUGACAGACACGUUGUUGUUGGUACUAAGGCUGGCAAACUCCAAAUAUUUGACGUUUCGUCUGGUUCAUUGCUUGAAACUGUGGACGCACACGAUGGUGCUAUUUGGUCGUUGUGUUUAGCUCCUGAUAAUACGCUAUUCGCCUCAGGAAGUGGUGACAAGGAUGUAAAAUUUUGGGAAUUUGAUUUGAUUACGGAUGAGAACUAUUCAACGACCAGUCAAAGAUUAAGUAUUUGUCAUGCACGAACAUUAAAGAUGAAUGAUGGCGUUAUGUGUGUAAAGUUCAGUCCAAAUCAAAAGUUUAUUGCCGUGGCUUUGCUUGAUUUUACAAUGAAGAUUUUCUUCACAUAUACAUUGAAGUUCUUCCUAUCCCUCUAUGGUCAUAAAUUACCUGUUGUUACCAUGGAUAUAUCAACGGAUAACGUUCUCCUCGUUUCUGGUGGCGUUGACAAGAACAUUAAGAUUUGGGGUUUGGAUUUUGGUGAUUGUCGAAAAUCAAUAUUCGCCCAUGAUGACAGUGUCAUGGCGGUGCAGUUCGUGCCAAAAACUCAUUAUUUCUUCAGUGCAAGUAAAGAUAAAACGAUAAAAUAUUGGGACGCUGACAGAUUUCUUCAUGAAGGUCAUCAUUCAGAAAUAUGGAGUCUUGCAAUAAGCCAUGACGGCGAGUCUGUUAUCAGUGGGUCACAUGAUAAAUCGUUAAGACUCUGGGAACGAACGGACGAACCGUUGUUUGUCGAGGAGGAGAGAGAAAUGGAGAGGGAAGCAGCUUACGAAGAAAGCGCCGUAACAGGAGUUGAAACAAUUAUUCCAGGUGAACAAGACACAGAAGCUGUUAAAGCUGGCAAGAAAACUAUCGAGACGAUCAAAGGAGCUGAAAGAAUCAUGGAGGCCAUUGAAUUGUAUAAGGAAGAAAGACAGAAAGAACUUGAACAUAAAGCGAGUCAAGUGACAAAAGACAAAACGCUUCCAAAGCGCGUCGUUCAUCCGAUUCUUUCUGCCUUUGGUAAUGUCAGUCCUGUGCAGUAUGUACUUCUAGUGGUGAAAAAAGUAAAGUCAAGCGAACUUGAAGAAUCAUUGCUUGUGUUACCGUUUGACUAUGUUAUUGAUGUACUGAAACUUCUUCUUGAGUGGAUUAAGAAUGGUUGGGAAACAGAGUUAAGUUGUCGAUGUCUGUUCUUUCUGCUGCGAAUACAUCACAACAAGAUCAUAUCCACUCCUAGACUACUGCCAGUAAUAGACUCUAUCAGAUCACAUUGUCGUAGCCGAGUUCGCGAAAUGAAGGAUACUGUUGGAUUCAAUUUUGCGGGACUACAGUUUAUUCAGAGACAGCUUGAGAAUCGUGACGUUACAUUCUUUGGUGAAACACGCAAAGAGACUGGGACAAAUACGAAAAAGAAGAAGACGAUUGUGAGGAAAUUUCGAUGA